AUGGAAAAAGAUAUGAUUGAUAUGAAAGAACAACAACCUUUAUUAAAAAUACCGCCUGAUGUUAUUGUGGCUACACCAGCUAGAGCAUUGCUUCACUUACAAGGAAAAAACAUGACACUUAAAAAACUUCAAACACUGGUGGUCGAUGAAGCAGAUUUGGUAUUUUCAUUUGGCUUUGAAGAGGAAAUUAAAGAAGUUAUCAAAUUUUUACCAAAAACAUAUCAAGCUGUUUUGGCUAGUGCAACAUUAUCAGAAGAUGUUUUGGAAUUAAAAAAAUUACUUCUACGAAAUGCUGUUAUAUUAAAACUGCAAGAACCUGAUUUGGCUCCUUUAUCACAAUUAACMCAUUAUAAAUUGAAUGCUGAAGAAGAAGAUAAAGCAGUAAUUUUAUACUGUUGUUUUAAGUUAAAACUUGUGAAAGGAAAAACUAUAGUAUUUGUUAAUUCUGUAGAUAAAUGCUACAAGUUAAAAUUAUUUUUGGAACAAUUUGGUAUUCAUACCUGUGUAUUAAAUUCUGAACUUCCGGCCAGUUGUCGAUGUCAUACAAUCAAUCAGUUUAACGAUAAUAUAUAUGAUAUAAUAAUAGCAUCAGAUGAAAAAUUUUUAGAUGAAGAACAUGAAAUAACUUCAACUAAGACCAGUAAACGUAAACAUGAUAAAGAAUUUAGUAUAGCAAGAGGAAUAGAUUUUCAAUUUGUGUCAAUUGUUAUUAAUUUUGAUUUUCCACAAGAUAUUUACUCCUACAUACACAGAGUUGGUCGUACAGCGAGAGGAAAAAAUAAAGGCACAGCUAUAUCUUUUUUAAAUAUUAGAGAGCAAAAUUUAUUAAAAGAUGUAGAAGAUUACAUAAAACAAGGUAUUUCAGAACAAAACGACAUAUUCCAAGAUUUUAAUUUUAAAUUAGAAGAAGUCGAGGGAUUUAGAUACAGAGCUAAGGAUGCUUGGCGAGCUGUUACUAAAAUUGCAGUCCGAGAAGCUAGAUUAAAAGAAAUUAAAUUUGAAAUGUUAAACUCAAAAAAACUAAAACGAUAUUUUCAAGAAAAUCCUCGUGAUUUAUUGUCUUUAAGGCAUGACAAAGCUUUACAUACAGUGAAGUUACAAGAUCAUAUGUCAGAUGUUCCUGAUUACAUGGUACCUACUUCUUUAAAAGAAUAUAUAAAAACCCAAGAAGAAGAAGAUAAAGGGAUUAAAAAGAAAGAUAAAGCAUAUUAUAAGAAAAAACAAGUUGGUUACAAAAAGUUUCACGCAAAAAAAACCAAUCCUCUUGUUGGAAUGGAAUACACUGGAUUGAAGAAAACGUAAAUAAUUUGCAGUAUUUAAUAUUGUUUUUAUUAUUUUAGAGAUGUAUUGUUUUUACUAUUUAUUUUUAUUAAGUAAUUAAA